AUGGCAGAUGAGCAGGAAAUCAUGUGCAAAUUGGAAAGCAUUAAAGAGAUCAGGAACAAGACCCUGCAGAUGGAAAAGAUCAAAACCCGUUUGAAGGCUGAGUUUGAGGCCCUUGAAUCAGAGGAGAGGCACCUGAAGGAAUACAAGCAGGAGAUGGACCUCCUGCUACAGGAGAAGAUGGCCCAUGUGGAGGAACUCCGACUCAUCCACGCUGAUAUCAAUGUGAUGGAAAACACUAUCAAACAGUCUGAGAAUGACCUAAACAAGCUGCUAGAGUCUACCCGGCGGCUACAUGAUGAGUAUAAGCCACUGAAGGAACAUGUGGAUGCCCUGCGCAUGACUCUGGGCCUGCAGAGGCUCCCUGACCUAUGUGAAGAGGAGGAGAAGCUCUCCUUGGAUUACUUUGAGAAACAGAAAGCAGAGUGGCAGACAGAGCCUCAGGAGCCCCCGAUCCCUGAAUCAUUGGCCGCUGCAGCCGCUGCCGCCCAACAACUCCAAGUGGCUAGGAAGCAGGACACUCGGCAGACAGCCACCUUCAGGCAGCAGCCCCCACCUAUGAAGGCCUGCCUGUCAUGUCAUCAGCAGAUUCACCGGAAUGCACCUAUAUGCCCUCUGUGCAAAGCCAAGAGUCGGUCCAGGAAUCCCAAAAAGCCAAAACGGAAGCAAGAUGAAUGA